AUGAACCAGGAUUUCGUUGAGGGCGGGGCCCCUCCACCCCUGGCUCCCGACCCCUUGGAACUCACGGGGAUGGCGUGGGAUCUCGACGUGGAGGCCUUCCUGGACGAUUACCUCAAGGACGUGGACGCGGGGCCCCCGGACCCCUUCGGGACCUACCCCGCCUCCCUCCCCAUUCCAACCCAAGAGCCCGGUGUGAAGUCCGAGGCCGAUCCCUCCUCCUCGGAGGGCCUGUCGGAUCGGCUGGCCAAGCAGACGCUGGACCCCCAGUCGGGAGCAGACUGUCGGGGGACCCCCUCCCCCCCACCCCGCGCCGGAAAGGCACAGGGGGUACGAAAACAGACCGCCCUGCAGGAGAAGAACAGGCGGGCCCAGCGCCGCUUCCGCGAGCGCCAGAAGAUGAAGGUGGCAGAGCUGGAGGAGCAGGUAGCGACCCUGACCCUGCAGCUGGACCGGGUGACGGGGGAGCGCGCGGCGCUGGCCAGCCACGCCAGCCGCCUGGAGGCCGCCCUGGCGGCGGCCACCGCGCGUGAGGAGGCGGCGGCUGGCGACCUGCGCCUGACGCUGCGCGAGGGCCAGUCGCAGUCGCUGACGGCGGAGGAGCUGCGCGGCAUGACGCCCGCGGAGCUGGCGCGCUACUACAAGGCCUACGUGAACGAGCUGGCGCAGAGCCUGCGCGCCUCGCUGGCCGGCCUGCGCGCGCUGUUCCAGGGGAAGCUGGCCGGCAUCCGUGCGCGGCGCCGUGGCGUCGUCGAGGCCCUGGCCCGCGCCGAGCCGGUGGGCACGGGCACGCGCCCGCUGGCCGCGCUGUACCUGGCCUCGCACGAGGCCGCGCGCGGGCUGCGCGAAGCCCUGCGCGAGGAGCACAUCCUGGUGCUGGACUUCGAGUCCACCGUGUUCAAGCACGUGCUGAGCGGGCUGCAAGUCGCGCAGCUCAUGAUCCACUCCUUCCCCUGGACCCCGGACUGCCUCGCGCUCUGCACCUGGGUGGCAGCCGAGGCGGGCGACGCCGACGCCCUGGGCGCGCUGGCCGCAGAGGCGCAGCGCAAGGCCGCCGCCGCCGCGCCGCACCCGGGGGGCGGCGUCGGCCCCGCGGGGCCCUUCGCCUCGCCCUUCCUGGCUGACAGCGGCGUCAACGCGGGGGCGCUGGCGGCGCAGCAGCACGCGCUGGCGCCGCUGGCGCUCGCACCGCGCUCCGCCUCGGGGCUGUCCCUGCCCUCGCCGCCCCACUCCAUGCCCGGCCCAGGCUCUUCCGGGACGCAGCACAAUGGGCUCUGCGGCCCCGGCAUGCCCUUUGUGAGCAUCGGGUUUGGGGGAAUGGGCUCCGGCGGGCCCGCCCCGGGCAUGCUCCCUGUGCACACCGCCAGCUGA